AUGACCGCCAUCAAGAACGACGAGAUCUGGAAAAGCGAAUCAAAAGGUGAGAAACAAACGAAUUGGAGAGCGAUUUACAUAGCCGGUGCAAUGUUGGUAUUCUCCGGGAUUAAUCAAAGUAUUUUCUACAUGCCCGUCUGGCCGUACACGAAAUCGAUAGCUCCCGAAACAUCGGUCUCGGCACUCGGGUGGAUCAUUUCAGCCAAUAGUCUUGGGUGCUUGAUGGCGAACCCUAUUUUUGGCUGGUGGUCUCAGAAGAGCAUGAAAGCCGCACAACCAGUCACUUUUGCUUUCACCGCCGCCGCUGUAGGCAAUCUUUUAUACGGUUUAUUGCCAAUUCUCAAUUCUUCUUCGAUCAUCCCAGCCAUGUUAACUGCUCGUUUCCUUUGCGGGAUUGGAGCGGGCACUCUCGGAGUGUUGAGAUCGUUCGCCGCGACAGCGAGCGCCCCAAAAGAUCGUUUACAGGCAAUUGCCAUCUCUUCAGCUGGGCUCACCGCUGGAUUAUCAGUUGGACCGACGAUUCAAUUAAUGUUCAUGCCAAUUGGUUCUGUUGGAUGGACUUUUUUUGGUGUUCCUUUCAAUCAAUACACAACUCCUGGAUAUUUUGUGUGCAUUAUUUGUCUCAUUUGUGUCAUUAUUUUGCAUACGAUCUUUGAGGAGAAUUAUGUUGGGAUAAUUUCAGACGACGAGAAAGCACAAAAUCCAUGGCUAGUGAUCCCGAAAUUCGAUCGAAUUCCGGUGGGGAUUCUGUUUUUCGUUUGGUCUUGCAUGUGCUCGGUGGGAGCCGCUGUGUACUCAGUUGCCUCACCACUAACAAUGGCAAUGUACGGCUGGUCGUCGGAUGAAGCCGUCUCCUAUAAUGCACUUCUUCAAACGGGCUCUUGUGCCACAUCAGGGAUCACCUAUCUUUUUCUAGCGAAAACGAGAUAUGGGAAAAUGGAUCGUCGUGCACAGAUUUGCCUUGGAAUGUCCACUUUUAUCAUCUAUAUGCUAGCUGUUUAUCCAUGGUUUUUCUAUGAGGGACCACUCGAAUUUGCGAACGCGAAUGGAAUUGGCUUUCCAACGAUUGUCGCUCCAUUGAAUGCUUUGUUCUCGGAAAUUGUUGGACCAAGAAAACAGAGUUUUCUCCAAGGAUGGCUCACUUUUUCCGGAAGCACCUGCCAGUUUUUGACACCUCUUUUUGUUUUGCCCCUUUUCGAGAUUUCCGGAUUUCGCUGGGUUAUCAAAUCGAAUGGUUUCGCUGAAAAUGAGUCCACCAAUUGGAAUACCGACGAAAUA